CCAAGGAAAACAUCUUGAAACCCCAUCCUGGAUAAGUGAAACUUUCUCUUAGCAGCUGCAGCGGCUGUUUAGUGGAGGUGCAGGGGGGAAAGGUAUUCUUCAAAGUCUUCACACAUCUUGAGUUCAUUUUGAUCUGAGUCAUCUGAAAGCUGAAGCCUUUUGUCAGGUAAUAGUUUUAGAAGGCAAGGGGAAAAAACUUUCAGUCAUCAGGAGCUGCAAAACUGAAAUUGUAUGGGAGGAAACAACUCUAAGGGCCAGGGGAAGAAAAGUACAAUGAUGCUGAAAAGAAGUCAGAAGCUUCCUCCAUGGGAAGAGGCUCUUCUCCCUGGAAAAGACCCAAGAGCUUUACUAAAGCGUGGACUACAAUAUGUUAAUUUGAGCCUCAUUAUGAAAGGGAUGACAAGAGUUCCUGACUUUUUAUGGGGACUUCCAGAAGUCCAGAAACUAAACCUCUCGCACAACCAGUUGGUGACCCUUCCUUCAGCGUUGGGAAAACUUGACAGAUUGGCAGUGCUGAAUCUGUGUGGGAAUCGUUUGAAGUCUCUGCCUAAGGAGAUUGGACUGCUCAGGCACCUGAAGGUUUUAUUUGUCAAUAUGAAUUGCUUGACUGAGAUACCAGCAGAACUUGGACACUGCAGGAAGCUAGAAGUGUUGAGCCUCUCUCACAAUUGGAUCUCCCAUCUCCCUUCAAGCAUCAUGGAACUAAAAAGCCUAAGAAAGCUGAAUCUCAGCAACAAUAAUUUCAUUUACAUUCCCCUAAGUGUUUUUGCAUUGAGGAAUUUAGAUUUUUUACAUGUAGGCUGCAACAAACUUGAAAACAUUGGAGAGAGUAUCCAAUUUUUAGUGAACUUGCAGAUCUUGAUUGCUGACUAUAACAACCUUCGCACCUUGCCAAGAUCUAUCUGCAACAUCAUUGCUCUUGAACUCUUAAAUGUUGAUUACAAUUCUAUUCAAACUCUUCCCAACGAACUUUACCAGCUGCACCGAUUGCCCAAAAUUGCUUGGAAUCCAGUGGAUAAAGGCCUCCAUAUUUCACACAACCCUUUGUCCAAACCACUGCCAGAGAUUGUAGAGGGAGGACUGGAUGCACUCUUCAGCUAUCUAAAAGAUAAAAAUCAGCAUCUCUAAACUUUCAUUAUGACGGCGAUCGACCCUAUGGUUCUACCACUAUCAAACCAUUGAAUUUUUCUAAUCAGCUGCUUUCUUACUGCAAAAAAAUCAGGAUUUUGAAGACUGUUACAAUAAACUUUCCUGAAAGCAAGUACAUUGGCUUUAUAUUGAGUGUGCAAUGAAUUAUUUUCUCAAUAAUAUAUCUUUUAGCAUUGUUGAGGUAUCUUAUUGAGAAAAAACACGAUUUAAAUAUUUCUUUUUAUUUAGUUGUAAACAAAUUAAUGUAGAGCCAACAACGUUUUUCAAGGUAUGUUUUCUCUUGUGUCAGACUACAAUAAUAUACAUAGAAUUUACUCUAUGCACUAUAAAUUGACUUUGUGAUAUUUGUGACACCUUUAAUUCACUAUUUUGUGCCAAGAGCAACUGCCAUUAAAAAGCUGAAGUGGU